CUUCAUAACAAUCUCACAAAUAAAAUAGGAAACAAUAUAGUUGGGAUCAGUUCACUUUUCUUCUACGGCGUCGGCCGAGUUCUCUGUUAGGUAGCGUUUUCUUCCAGAGUUGCUGCAGUACUGAAGCAAUACAUCUCACAAUAUGAGUGGCGCCAUUGACGAUGCCACCUCGCCUUCCGCCCUCUCUGACAAAUCGGCGAAGAUCUUCGUCGCCGGUCACCGCGGACUUGUCGGCUCCGCCAUCGUCCGCAAGCUCCAAGCCCUAGGGUUCACCAACCUCGUCCUCCGCGGCCAUGCCGAGCUGGACCUCACUCGCCAAAACGACGUCGAGUCCUUCUUCACAGUCGAAAAGCCCCAAUUCGUCAUCCUCGCCGCGGCAAAAGUUGGCGGCAUUCACGCCAACAACACAUACCCGGCAGAUUUCAUCGCCGUCAAUCUCCAGAUCCAGACCAAUGUGAUCGACGCCUCGUACCGAUUCGGAGUGAAGAAGCUCUUGUUUCUCGGCUCCUCUUGUAUUUACCCCAAGUUCGCUCCACAGCCUAUCCCCGAAAGCGCAUUGUUAACGGGCCCUCUGGAGCCCACAAAUGAGUGGUAUGCGAUUGCCAAGAUCGCCGGGAUCAAGAUGUGCCAGGCUUACCGGAUUCAGUACAAUUGGGAUGCGAUUUCGGGGAUGCCCACCAAUUUGUAUGGGCCACAUGACAACUUUCACCCCGAGAAUUCCCAUGUUUUGCCGGCAUUGAUGAGGCGGUUUCACGAGGCAAAGGUAAAGGGUGCGAAGGAGGUGGUGGUGUGGGGGUCUGGAAGCCCCUUGAGGGAGUUUUUGCACGUUGACGACUUAGCGGAUGGGGUUGUGUUCUUGAUGGAGAAUUAUGGUGGGCUAGAGCAUGUCAAUGUGGGUAGUGGCAAGGAGGUGACUAUCAAGGAGUUGGCUGAGUUGGUGAAGGAAGUGGUUGGGUUUGAGGGUGAGCUUGUUUGGGACUCUUCCAAGCCUGAUGGAACUCCGAGGAAGCUCAUGGAUAGCUCAAAGCUGGCGGGGUUGGGUUGGACCCCAAAGAUCUCUCUCAAGGAUGGUCUAGUUGAUACCUAUAAGUGGUACUUGGAGAAUGUCAAGCAAUGAUAAUGCAGGUGAUUGCAUUGGUUGUGAUUUUUUUAUUUAUCAUGCACUAUUAGUUCUUGUUAUGUCAUCAUCCUGAACUUGUUAUUGUUGUUACAUUAACAUCAGGAGCCUACUUGGAUGUUCAUUAUGUAUCAUUUAUGUGGAAUAAAUUAUCUGUGAAUUUGUUGUUUUAGAACUGAGUGAGCUAUUGUUAUU